CAAGAAAGUGUUAGUUGAAUCUCAAGUCAAGAAAGUGUUAGUUGAAUCUCAAGUCAAGAAAGUGUUCGUUGAAUCUCAAGUCAAGAAAGUGUUCGUUGAAUCUCAAGUCAAGAAAGUGUUCGUUGAAUCUCAAGUCAAGAAAGUGUUCGUUGAAUCUCAAGUCAAGAAAGUGUUCGUUGAAUCUCAAGUCAAGAAAGUGUUCGUUGAAUCUCAAGUCAAGAAAGUGUUCGUUGAAUCUCAAGUCAAGAAAGUGUUCGUUGAAUCUCAAGUCAAGAAAGUGUUCGUUGAAUCUCAAGUCAAGAAAGUGUUAGUUGAAUCUCAAGUCAAGAAAGUGUUCGUUGAAUCUCAAGUCAAGAAAGUGUUCGUUGAAUCUCGAGUCAAGAAAGUGUUAGUUGAAUAAUGUCAGCUGAAGAAAAAGAUUCUUCCAUUUGAAAAGGAUUUUAAGUUUUUGUGACUUAUUAGUUAUUUAUGCUUUCAUUUUUGCAUUUCCUCAAAAAAAAAAUUUUUCCAUUAAUUCACCUGGAAAAUAGGCUCAAAUUUGCAUAAAAAUGUCGAAUCAGCAUAUUUAAAAAAUAUAUAAUCAACAUUUUUUGGAUUGUUUAAUUUUGUUCAGUACAUUUCCACUAUUAAGAAAAAUCUGUUUCAAAAACUCAACAAAAAUGUAGUUUUUUUUCUUUCUAUAGGAACCGUUAAAAUAGUAAGCCUUCAAGAUUUUAAGGUGGGAGAGGAAAAACCCAAAAAACUUAAAACUAGUAAUAAAUGUCUAUGAAAGCCUUCACAAAAAAGGAUUUUCAGCAAGUCAUCGAAUUUUUAUUUCCAAAUCCGUAAUAUUAAAUAUUUUUUUGUAUUUCAACGAUAGGUGUUUAGCUGUAUAUAUUGUUGUGAAAAUGGAGGAAUAUUAUCAAACAUUACAGGGCGCAGCUGCAAUGCGCUAUGUUGAGAAAAUACAGCUUGUUAGUGGGGUAGACCCGUAUAAGUUAAAACUUAACGAUAUGGACACAAAUCCUAAAUCACUUCCUUCCGUGGAUUAUCCAGACAUAGUAAAUUAUUGCGUCUACACAAAAAGUGCCUAUACAAUGGAUGAAUUGAAAUCUUACAAAUCUCUGGAUGCAUACCACCAGUUCGUCAGCGGUUGGGUUUCUGAUUUGGGAAGCUAUGUUGUGAAUAACCGCGUCAUUGUUAAAAGCAAGGUGAGACACUCUCAGAGUAUCAGCAAGGCACCACUACAACCUUGGAUUAUUGCAGAAAAGAGUGGAAAUAUUUUAGCUGCACACUGCAACUGUAUGGCAGGCUUGGCUGAAACAUGUACUCAUGUCAGUGCCACGCUCUUUGCAAUUGAUGCUUCUGUGCGCUUAGAAAAGAGCCAAACUGUUACUGAAGAAGCGGCAUAUUGGAUGUUACCAUCAAAUGUAAAGGAAGUAAAAUAUUCUAGGCUAAAAGACAUUAAUUUUACAUCGGCAACAAACAUGAAAAGAAUUCUUGAUAGUAAAUUAUCUCAGACACCUGUUAGACAAUAUCAAUUGCUGCCUCUUCCGUUUGUAGAACCACCCAACGCUACGGAAAUGAACAAUUUUUUUCAAAUUCUGCAUGACACUGGUGUUAAACCAAGUAUUCUGUCAAUAGUACCUGUCUUUGUUGAAUCUUACGUUCCUAGGUUUUCAUCUUCCUUGUACCCCUGGGUUUGUGUAGACCUAGAAAAGAACGGUUCGAGAGCACAACCUUCCAUACUUGAAAAAGUUAGUACUACUACAUCAGUUGGUGAAGCCGCUAUUUCCACUGCAAUGGUUACUGAAGACAUUGAUUUCAACAUUGGAUAA